AUUUCAUGGAGCUAGAAAAAUAAAAGUAUGUAAAAUCCAAUUUACACCAGAGACAGCAUAGCUCAGAGAAUAAAAUGCCAGGUACAGGAUAAGUUGCUCCUUCCCCUGUUUUGCUGACCAUCUGAGAUUUUGCUGGAAUUGAUCAUGGCUAUGGAGCCAUAACAGGCACACUCUUCUUAAACAUAAGAUUUCUCAUUUUGGCUUUUGUAAGGUUAAUUACAAUGUGGAUUGUUUUCUUUCAUAUCCAUGUGGCCCCUUGCACCACAUCUCUGGAAGACAGGUGGUUUGGCCAGGUAUACUUCUGUAGUAGGGAGUCAUCAGAAAAAGAAUGGCAGAACAAUGUGGAAACAUGGAAGGAACUGCUCAGGAGGAGGAUACCUGUGCUUAGUUUGUAUCCUUGUAGGCUGGCCAAUAUCUUCAGGGAUGGCAGGAAUCAGGAACCACAUAAACAGACCCAGAGAAAAAUGCCAUUCAGGAGGGCUGACGUCUUCUUAAUCUCAGGCUUGCACACACACAUCCUCAGUAAAGGAAGAAAUCAAUAAUUUGUCUCUCAAUCAAUGGCAUGAUUGCAAGAUACCUCAUGCAACUUGCUCUAAGAGUGAGAUGGCUUAUGUUCCUCUUUCACUUGUGAUAUUACAGGGUGCACUUGAAUGUGCAAAUUUGUGAGCGCUCCCUAGAAAAUCAGUGAAUUAACUUGAACAACUGCAUGUCUAUAUCCAUCGUGUCCUCAGCUACCAAAACAUUCUGGCUUCAGAAAUAAACCUUGAAACCAAUGAAACCUUAGUUUUGCUGAGGUAAAAGUCAAAGUCUGACAGAAGUAAAAAAUGAGUCCGUGGUUGUUAUAGAGCCCUAGCAUCAUCUCUGGGGAUGUCAGCUGCACUGCAAAGCAAACUCAGCCCAGGAGAAAGGGGCACAGGACAUGAGGACUGUUGAUGAAUGCUGCACGCUCCCUCUUCCCUUACCAUUCCAGUAUCGUCUACAACCUGAUGUACUCAUGUUUUCCUUUUCAGUGCUCCUUACUGAUCCAGACUUUGCUUCAGUCACUAUGAAGGCCUCAGUCAUUGCAACCUUCUUUGGGAUACUUCUUGCAUGUACAUAUGCAGCUAAGGAAGCCACAAAGAAGACCAAGAAGGCUAAACUAUACAUACCUCAGAUUGACUGCGAUGUCAAGGCUGGGAAGAUAAUAAAUCCAGAAUUCAUUGCAAAAUGCCCUCCAGGAUGUCAAGAUGUAAAAUACCGUGUUUAUGGCACAGACAUUUAUGCUUCUUUUUCCAGUGUGUGCAGUGCUGCAAUUCACAGUGGUGCAAUAGACAACACAGGUGGGAAGAUCCUUGUUCAGAAGGUGGCUGGCCAUGCUGGGUACCGGGGGAGCUUCUCCAACGGAAUUCGGUCGUUGUCAUUGCCACGCUGGAGGGAGUCCUUCCUCGUCUCAGAGGGCAAGCCAAGAAAAGGUGUGACAUAUCCAUCAACUCUUGAAUUCUCUUCCUCAAAGAGCACAGCCGUUAAACCUGAGCCUAAGAAGCCAGAGCAAGACCUAAAAGUUCCAAAGAGUGCAGCCACACCUGAUACAUUGGGGAAAGCCUCGGAACAAGGGGACACGGUCCACAAGGUGUAUCAGACAUCACCGGAACCAAUGCCAACCACACAAAUGGCAGCCACAACACCAACCCCAACGACCACAUCCACAGAUCCUUUCAGCACAACACCAAAGGCAACCACACCUGCAACAACAAGAAUCAGAAUAGACUCAACUGCAGCCAAGCCUCGACCUGGAUUGCACAGGGUCAGGGAUACAGGUUCUAGCAGCAUCCACCCUGCAUAUUCCUCUGUGGCAGCUGCAGCAUCAAGACAAAUUCAGGCUUCACAAGGAAGAGGACUGAAUACAGCAUUCAGGGGCACUUCCACAUCUGCAAGUAACAGGAAUAUGUUGCGACCCAAUGCAGGUAAUGCAGGUAUUCAGCGCCAAGAGCCUGUUGCCACCAUCCGCAGGCCUGCCGGGUCUCCAGCCCAUCUGGCAAUGGAAACAGACUUGUGGAAACCUGGACUGAGCUUUUUUGACACAGGUUUUGCUUCAAAGGAGGAACUGAACCUGAAGCCACUGGAGACAACCUCCCAGGGGAACCCAAGCUGCAAGGUGGAUUUGUCCUUCUUGAUGGAUGGGAGCUGGAGCAUUGGUAAACGCCGCUUCCAGCUCCAAAAGCAGUUCCUCAUUAACGUGGCUCAUGCCCUCGGCAUCAACAGUGCUGGGCCUCUGAUGGGCAUCGUGCAGUACGGUGAUGACCCUUCCACAGAAUUUAACCUGAAAACAUACACCAGCCCCAAGGACCUAAGAAAUGCCAUUGAGAAAAUCCCUCAGAAAGGUGGACUUUCCAAUGUUGGAAAGGCACUUUCAUUUGUCAACAAAAACUUCUUCUCGGAUGCUAAUGGAAACAGAGGUGGAGCGCCCAAUGUGGUGGUGGUAAUGGUGGAUGGAUGGCCAACGGACAGGGUGGAGGAGGCCUCCAGGCUGGCCAGGGAAUCAGGGAUCAACAUUUUCUUUGUCACUAUUGAAGCAGCUGCUCAAAAUGAGAAGCAAAAUGUUAUUGAGCCAAACUUUGUGGACAAGGCAGUGUGCAGAACAAAUGGCUUCUACUCCAUCAUGGUGCCCAGCUGGUUCAGCCUCCACAAGGUCGUCCAGCCCUUGGUGAAGCGGGUCUGUGAUAUCGACCGGCUGGUUUGCAGCAAGACGUGUCUUAAUUCAGCCGACAUCGGUUUUGUGAUCGAUGGCUCCAGCAGCGUUGGCACCGGCAACUUCCGCACAGUCCUCCAGUUUGUAGCCAACAUCAGCAAGGAAUUUGAGAUUUCAGACACGGACACGCGUAUUGGAGCCAUUCAGUACACGUAUGAGCAAAGACUCGAGUUCAGCUUUGAUAAGUACAGCACAAAGCAGGAUGUGCUGAGUGCUAUCAAAAGGAUCAACUACUGGAGUGGUGGAACCAGCACAGGGGCAGCCAUCAGCUACGCCUCUGAGCAGCUCUUCACCAAAUCCAAACCCAACAAGAGGAAGAUCAUGAUUCUCAUUACGGAUGGCAGGUCUUAUGAUGAUGUCCGAAUGCCAGCCCUUACAGCUCACCAAAACGGAGUUAUAGCUUACUCCAUUGGAGUUGCUUGGGCUGCUGAAGAUGAACUGGAAGCCAUUGCAACAGAUCCAGAUAAGGAGCACUCCUUCUUUGUGGAUGAAUUUGACAACCUCUACCAAUUUGUUAAUCCUCUCAUCCAAAACAUUUGCACAGAGUUUAACUCACAGCCACGGAACUGAUGGAAUGGAACAGGCUAGGAUCCUUGGGCAUCAUGCUGAAAACACACAAUGCUUCAGGAACAAUGCCAGCUCUGAGCUCAACAAAUACUGGAAUUAUUUUUCUUUGGCACUUUCCAGUUAAUGAGGUCGAUUGCAUCUCUGUCCUUAUGUACGAUAGUGCUCUGUGUAGGCUACUGAUUUUUCCCCUGCAGGCUUCAGAAACUGAUUUGGAUGGAAUAGAAUAACAAGCAGGAGACAUCAAGGAGGGAGUAAAUGGAGCUGUUUGGAAAGCUAACAGUAUAGAGCCUCAGCUUAGGUGAUUCCCAUCUCAGGGUACGCACAAGAACUAAAAUGUACCACCUGCUUCCAGCAGUGCCCGGGACCCCCCACAGAGCUGUUACACUGCUCUGCUGCUGUGGUAGAAGCGCCUCCCUCUGACACUGUCCAUUGCUCACAAUCCAGGAUAGGACUGACAUCCUGAAAUCCCAGGCACAUACUGGGAAGAUAGUGUGAAUUCAAGUAUUGAGCUUCAUCCAAAUCCAGAGACCAGAAAAUCAGCAAGCAGCCAUAAUUGGGCUGUGGGACCCACAUCCAUUUGCCAAUCCCCAUAAAGCCUCAGAUCUGCAAAGCAGCCGAUGCAGGGGCUGGAUCUCAUCUCCCACAGUGCUGCAUUAAAUGUGCUUAAACAACAAGAAGAAAAAAUCUUGUCCCCGUAGCUCACUUACACCAUCUUUUGCCAUGCAGCUCAAGGCCUUUGCAAAGCAGGAGAGCCGCGGAGGCAGAAGAGGCUCCUUCAGUAAAAACUGUGGGUUUCAGUUGCUCACUGUCUGAAAGGUUUCUCAGACCCCCACUGCUCUAUCACCAAACAUGGCACAGUUAGAACAGCUUACAGCAGACUUUAGCAUGAGGAUAAUUAUUCAAGAGCCUUUAAAGAGGCUUAAGAGGGAAAUAUCUUAAAGCUCUGUAUUACACACUGGGAAAAGCAGUAUUUCUAGCAUUCACAGGCACCCUCUUCUGAAUUUGGUGUGGACUUCUGUUGUAUGGAUUGAUUUCAAGACACGCCUUUACAGCCCCAUGUUAUUCAGAGUACGUAGCUGUUCUGUCUAUGGAGAAGCAGCCAAAGCACUGAUCAGCAAUGGGAGGAGUGACGUGCAGAGGUCUUUUGACAUUGCACUGCAUGGCAGGUAGCAAGCAGCAGUUGCUGGUAGUUUUCAUCUGGUGUCAUGUAUGAUAAUACAUCCCUUAAGCAGAAAUUACCAAAGGAAAAGGCUGAAGUUUCAGUGCAAGUACAUGCAUGUGUGUUCAUGCACAUUACGGUAAUUACAGCACAGAUUUGUGGAACUAACAGGAAAUUGAAAGGAAUUAAAGCUCACAUUCCCCCUCUUACUCACAAAUUAAUUUUUUAAUGUUAUCAUUCACACAAAGCAAAUUAGGGUAAACUGCCACCAAAGGAGCACCCUUUGGUGCACCCUGACACCAUCUUUCAAAUCUUUGUUUGGAAAUGGGACUAAAGUAGAUUAAAAAUUCCCAGAGAAGUUACCAUACUUCAAAGCAUUGCAAACAGCCCAUUCAACACAAUUCCCCAGUGUGAUGAAAUGAGCCAGGUGAGGGUUCCUUUGCUUGUGCUCCAGCCACUAUUCCUAAAGCCAUGCCGGAUAAGUGGUGGUUUUACAUUGGAUUUACUGGGGACUUCAUAUUCUUAAUAUUGCAGGUUAAUUCUUAAUAGACAGCUUGCUACUGCAUAUCAGAGCCGUACUGGACAUACCCUGGCAGCACAGGAGAGCAGCACUCUGCAGAUGGUCCUGCACACUGUGCUUAUGCUCUGCAGCCAGAGCCACAGGUGUUCUUUAACACAUUUUCAUUUGUACUGAAAACUUCGAGCAACAGCAAGUUUUCACUCUCCACAGAGAAGCUGAACAGCUAUCUUCCUCAUCAAACAUUUGCUUAGCGCAUGGCAGGGUUUGCUGUUGUCUAAAUGGUUAAUCUUGACUUUCACAGAACACCUGUGGUGCUCAGAUGCCAACAAGCCAUUCUAUUCACUUCUUGAGAUGACUUUGAAAUUAAUUUUUAAUCUGACUCUCAUCUAAACUGAGAUGCCUUAAACACAGUGAAAUUGAGCAUAAGCCACAGAAAUCCCAAUACAGCCUUCCUUCAACAGAAGAGGAUCAGCACAGAAUGUGGUCCUCUAUAGCUGCUCACCUUCCAUAGCAAUAAAAACACUUGUCACAUCUGAAGUCUGUCAGUAAUAAUAAUAAAAGAUAACAACCCUUCAUAAAUGACUGGAGGAGUUAUGUUGGUUUGGAGAAAGCAGAACUCCUUCUGUAACAUAUACAAGCUGUUCUGAGCUUCUCAAUACAAGUUGCUAUAUCUUUUGCAAUAAAGAUGUCCCAAAGGCACACAAAGUCUAUUUGUAUAUAUGUAGUU